UUUCUGACAAUGCUGUGUCAAUCCUGGAAGUCGUACGUCUGGUGGACGAACUUCGGAUUGCUGUUGGCGUCUUAUGUUAUUUACAAUACACUUCACGCUUAUAACGUUCCAGUCGUAUCCACCAUUAUCAAAUGGAAGAUAUGCAAACUUGCUGGUCUCUUCUUUUUAAAACAAUGUAUACAGAAUAUGUGGGACAGUGUGAAAGACGAAUUGGCUCGAAUUCUAUUUGGCGAAAAUGGCAAAGCGCCAUGGGCCGAUUAUAUUGCAGAAACUGGUCCCGUUACGCGAGGAUUACUGGUGAUAAAAGACGACGUGAUUUGUCCUCUGUUACGACUUCCAUUUAAUCCCGUCAUCAAUGCUGUACGACAAUUCUUGGGUGCGCCCAACUUAAAACAAGCUAUCCCCGUGACUACAUCCUACGUACAAGAACCUACCACUACUCAACCCAAACCAACUGACGAACAACCGCAACGCGCUUAUGGCUUUGGUCCACGCAACAUCACCGUCAAUCGACACUCCGUUCGCCUCACGUUUAACCGUCCGAAAGAAGACUAUCCUGGACCGGUUUCCUUCGUUGGCAAACAAGCAGUCCCUGAAGCAUGGCGCCAAUUCGAAGAAGCCAAAGGCAAAGCAAAGAAAGAGGGCCGCAAGGAAGACUCGGCCGUGCCUCACAUCAAAUACAAGCGAUGCACGCUUACUCCUCCUUCAACUCUUCUUUCACCCGAAGAAGAAGAAAUUAAAGACAAAAGUUUAUGGCGCCUGUGGCCAAUUGCUGAAAACAUUGAAGCUUUCCGUCGACAACAGACCCGAGAACUGGAGCGAGAAUGGAAUACAUUUCACGAUGUCCUUUGCAGAGUGCACUAUGAAAGACUUCGCAAGUGGCUCAACGAGAAAAUACUUGGUCGAUUGGGUGAAAGCCUUCGUCAACUGGAAGAUUGGUUUUCAAAGGACGGAAAGGUCCUGGAGGAUUGUGUACCUGCUUAUGUCUCUCUUACAAUGAGUAAUAACCUUCCAGCUUGUGGAGAUUUACCUCACAGCUUACUUUACAAUAUGAUUUACAUGCCGGAAUAUCAGCAAGGUUCAGCACGCAGACACAUCCUUCGUCGAAUCAAAGAAAUCACACGAAGCAAACUGGCAGCUUUCCGUUACACAGCACGCGAAAAAGGCCUGCCAUCUGACAGCGAAAUCUUGUUCCACAUGUUCUGCAUGUAUAUCCGCUAUUAUUACCCGGACACCGUUCCUCCGCUCACUGAGUUUGCGGGUGAUAUCUAUAGGUACCUUCUCGCAUAUUUCUUCAUCACCCCAGAAUUGAAACAAGAUAUUUUCUAUUAAAUACGAUGGUUUAUGUUGCAGUCACAAGAAUAAAUAUUUG